GUCCACUUAAAUCUGUGCCCCAAACAGUCCUCCACUUCUUCUUGACGUGCUGGAAGACAUCGUAGAGCUCAUCCAGCUCCUUUUCCGAGUCAUCUGGUUUGGUGUGAACUGGGAUCAUCACCAGGUCCUUCAGUACUGUGAGACACUGACAGCCUUCAAGACAGAACUCGUCAUGAUGUCUUAGCGCUCUUCCCAUGAAAGGCAGCAUCAAUUUCACCACGGUCCUUAACCGCGCCCCACUCCCCCCGCUACCUGCCGUCUUCUGUAAUGUGAUGCUCCUGAGUGACAAACUGGCAGUCGGGUGCCAUCGUCAUGAAGAGGCGGAAGCCCUCUGGGGUGCAGUACAAAAACAAAGAAAAGAAGAGGAGGAGAAACGUGAACGAGACCGAGAUGCGCUUCUGAAGUAGUUGUCCCCCACCUCUGCAAAUCCUGGGCCUACUAAUGUAACUGCAGCCACCUCAUCCACCUCAGCACCAAGUGAUGCAGCCUCAAGUGCAUCUGCCUCCCACACACAAACUGCCAGUGGAGAAAUAAGAUUAUUUAGAGAAUGUAGACUGUUAAGAGAUUAACAAGUCUAUAUUUAUUUAUUGUGAACUGUAAGUUAACAUAACUUGAGUAAUGUUCAUGUUUAUUGCAAUGCAACAUUUGUUUAAUAAUUAAUAAAAUCCAGACAUUUUUUCAGGAAGUUUUUGAAAUGUUUCUUCAGUAGUUUUUGAAAACCGAGGUUUGAACCAAACCGUGAGUCGGGGGGCGCCAGCAAAUAUCUUGCCUAGGAUGCCAAAUUGGUCAGGCACGGCCCUGCAAAGCGGUGUUACAAUUUAUCAUUUGCUCCCUAAAGAAAUUCUCUUGAAACUACAACACACUGUUGGUCUCAUAAAGCUCCACCCCUUAUCUCAAUCAUCUGUGACAAACAGGAAACAGGACACAGGUGAUGAAAUGAUUCUACAUAACUGACGGAAGAGAAGCACAGUGCAGUCUGAACAGUGAAUACUUUAACUUCAACCUGCUGCUGAGAAUCAGGGAAAGUAACAAAGGGAACAUUUUACAGCGAGGAGAGGAAACAUAACUGACUGACUUUUUGUUUAGCAUUCUACCUGCUGUCUUUGCAUCUUCACUCAGGGAGAAAAUGGCCUCCCAUUUGGAGAAUGAUCUCUCCUGUUCUGUCUGCAGUGGCAUCUGUAAAGAUCCUGUUGUUCUGUCAUGCAGCCACAGCUUCUGUGAGGAUUGUCUGAAGAGCUGGUGGACAGAGAAACCAACACAGGAGUGUCCAGUUUGCAAGGAAAGGCCUUUACUGAGUGAUUCGCCAUGUGACUUGACCUCAAAGAACCUGUGUGAGGCCACCUUACUGGAGAGAGAUCAGAGAGCUUUAGAGUUUCUCUGCGAUCUGCACUCAGAGAAACUCAAACUCUUCUGUCUGGACCAUCAGCAGCCAGUGUGUCUUGUCUGCAGAGAUUCGAAAACACACAACAACCACAGAUUCAGACCCAUCGAUGAAGCUGCACAGGAUCACAAAGCGGAGCUGCAGAAAUCCCUGAAGACCUUAAAAGAGAAACUGAAGCUGUUUGAACAAGUUAAAGGAAACUGUGAUCAAACAGCAGAGCACAUUAAGGUCCAGGCCCGACACACAGAGAGGCUGAUUAAGGAGCAGUUUAAGAAACUUCACCAGUUUCUACAAGAGGAAGAGGAGGCCAGGAUCUCUGCUCUGAGGGAGGAAGAGGAACAGAAAAGUCACAUGAUGAAGGAGAAGAUUGAGGCUCUCAGCAGAGAGAUAGCAGCUCUUUCAGACACAGUCAGAGCCACAGAGGAGGAGCUGAGAGCUGAAGACGUCUCAUUCCUGCAGAACUACAAGGAUGCAGUGGAAAGAGUCCAGCAGCGCCCCCUACUGGAUGAUCCACAGCUGGUCUCAGGAGCUCUGAUAGACGAGGCCAAACACCUGGGCAACCUGACCUUCAACAUCUGGAACAAGAUGAAGGACAUGGUCUCCUACACUCCUGUGAUUCUGGAUCCAAACACUGCUCAUCCAGAACUCAUCCUGUCUGAAGAUCUGACCAGUGUGAGACACGGAGAAAGACAGAAGCUUCCUGAAAACCCAGAGAGGUAUGACCGUUACUGUAUUGUACUGGGCUCUGAGGGCUUUAAUUCAGGGACUCACAGCUGGGAUGUUGAGGUUGGAGACAAUACGGCCUGGUUUGUUGGUGUGGCAGCAGAAUCUGUCCAAAGGAAGGGAGGCGUAAAGUCUGGAUUGUGGCGAAUAGGGUCAUAUGAUGGUAAAUAUACAGCAGUUUCCCCAUCACAUCCCGCUGUUCUCUCGGUUAAGAAGAAGCCCCAGAGGAUCAGAGUCCAUGUGGACUGGGAUAAAGGGCAACUGUUAUUCUCAGAUGCUGAUACUAAGACACACAUUCACACCUUCACACACACUUUCACUGAGAGGGUGUUUCCAUAUGUCAGUAAUGGGAAUAAACACCAACUAAAAAUAUUACCAUGGAAGGUCUCUGUAAAACAGCUUAGUCAGGGAUGAAGAUGUGGUACGAACAGCGAUCAUUUCUUACAUGAGAAUACCGAACAAUUAUAGGUUAUUUGAAGGUAUGUCAUUUCCCUUAAAUGCAUUAUAUUCGCUGUGUAUUAACAUUAUGGUACUAUCCUUUGGGAAUAAUACUGAAGUCGUGUUGCUGUCACCUGAUGACUGUAAGUCCAACUAGUUUGUUUUUUGUUUUGUUUUUUUUAUAAAGGGUCACAACCCAAAAGGUUCGGAACUAUUUAAGUACAAGUGCCUCAAACGUGUACCUUAGCGCAGUACUUGAAUAAUUGUAGCUGCUUAUUAUUUUGUACCACUGUAGGUAAUAUAUAACAUAAAAAAUAUAAAAUCAGGAGACACUUCUGAGUGCAUCCUAAAACUGCUACUUGGAUAAAAACUUAUAAAAGGGCGGCAGUAGCUCAGUCCAUAGGGACUUGGUUUGGGAACCAGAGGAUCACCAGUUCAAAUCUCUGUCCACACCAAUCAUGGGGCAUGGACUGGUAGCUGGAGAGGUGCCAGUUUGCCUCCUGGGCACUGCUAAGAUGCCCCUGAGCAAAGCAUCAAACCCCCAGCUGCUAAGUUCUUAAGCUGAAUAGACUGUAAGGUGUGUCAGUCUGCUGUUAUUGCAUCAUACAACCACAGGAGGGAGCUCCAAACUCACUCAAAUAGGCUUGAAAGCCUGCAGUGUGGAGUCAUUGAGACGUUGCAACAUCACACUGUGAUGUGCCUGCAUGUCAUUAUUGAUUUGACUUUAUGUAGCAUUUGUUUUUCAGUUAGUUUAUACCUUUAUCCCCCCCCCAUGUUUAUUUUAAUUAAUUUUGUAAGUUGAUGUGAAAGGUUUUCAUCCAAAAUUGAAACCAAACAAAACUCUCUCCUUCUUGAGCUCUCAUACUGCUAAUAUCUGUUAUCUGAUACUUAUAUCUGAAAAAAAAGAAUGAUCUUUGUUGUUGCUACUUUUCUAAAGUAUUGGAUUUAAGUUUGUGAUUUGGCACCCGUGUUACAGAUUACAAAUACCUUGGCAUCUGGCUAGAUGACAAGCUUUUAUUUAAAACACAUGUGGUUGAGCUCACAAAGAAAGUGACAAUUAAACUGGGUGCAUUGAACAGAUUUACGUCAUGAAUCUCUUUAGAAAAUAGAAGGACAAUUAUUCAAUCAACUAUAAUGUGACAGGAUUUUCUACAUAUUACUGUUGUUGUUGCUGUUGUUAUGUAUCUGUAUUUUAUGGCAGACUCCAUUCUUAAGUUUUUCUUCUAGACACUGCUGCUUUCACUGCUUUUCGUCACUUUAUUGCAGUUAUAUAUUUGUAUCCUUCUAGCCCACUGGAUGUGAACUCAGGGCAUUGCUGUAAAUGAGCUUAAUGCUCAGUCAGUUUUCCCUCAAUAAACAACUGUUGAUGACGAUGAUGAAAAACAUCACAGUCAGAUGUUCCAUUGUGUCAGUGUUUACUUCACUUUUCAGUUUUCACGCUUUAGAUUUUGAAGACCAUGUUUAUUGCGUUCUCUGGCUGCCCAGGAGGUAAGGCAUGUUCUGUUAAAAGGUCGUCUGUCAUUUUCUCCUUUUCCUACUGUUUCCCUGUCCCCCCUCCCCUGUCCUCAUGUGAAUGUGUGUCUGUGGAGGGCACGGCUACUGCAAUCAAGCACCUGGCUGACCUUCACACCUGCAGCUCAUCUCCUCCUGAUCAGCCUCAGUACAAGAAUCCAAGCUUCACCUCCACUCUUCGCCACAAUGUUCUGUCUACUCCAGUGUCUCUUCAGUCUCAUAAGAAGUCUCAAUCUUUUCAACAAAAGAGGAAAUCCUGGUCUUACAUCGCAGCUCCAGUUCUCCGCUCC